AUGUCAUUAAGAACUUUAGGAUUAAACUCCACAUUCAGUCGUCUUUUCAAUAAACCUGCAGAUCUCACCAAAACCGUACUGACGGUAUUGGACUUCAAAAGUAAUGCACAGGGGUCGUUGGAUAGUAUUAUGACGAGAUGUGACCAGGAAAUGGGAGGGUUUUCGUCGGUUAACUUCAAUGUCGAUCCCGUUUCAAAAGCGGGUCAUUUUUACGGAUACUUGAAUUUGGAUGUGCCUAAGGACCACCCAGAGGCUACCAGAUCUGGUUAUGCAAUGUUUAGAACGCGGGACCAGAAGGAUUCGUGGCUUUCGGGCAAUAGCUACUGGGACUGGUCGCAGUACCAGGCGUUGGUCAUGAGAAUCAAGGGGGACCGGAGAAAGUACCUUGUUAACAUCCAAGCCAACACACCAUUGGUGACUGAUUUGUUUCAGCACCGGUUAUUUUUGCAUCAUCCUGGCGAAUGGGAAACAGUGGUUAUACCAUUGAACGAUUUUGUCAUGACCAACUGGGGAGUAAUUCAAGAUGGAGGCGAAUUGAACAAGUCGGAGGUGAAGACCAUUGGAAUUGGCUUGUUAGAUAAACAAUACGGACCUUAUUCACUUUACGUUGAUUGGGUUAAGGUCAUGACCGGUGCUGAGGUCGAAGCAGAGACCAGAAAGGCCAGGCAAGAGAAACUGGCCAUUCACGGGCCGGAAUCGCAUACCACUGGUGGCAAUGUUUCAACUGAACCUCAUAUCGGCGCUGCUCUCGGCUCACAGGGCAACGAGGACCCUAAGAACACAGUGUUUUAA